UCAAAACAAUGAUCCCGUCCCUAAAUUGCCUACAAUUCCCGUUUCUCUCCUUAAAAAGCGAAAAAGUUCUGAAAAAGAUGUGAUAAAGGCUCAAAGGCUCCGCUCAAUUGAAAUUAGGAAACGCUCAAAAAAGUUUCGGAAUCUUGUCAAAACCCCUGCUCAUUUUAUAAACGUACUCCGCCAAGCAAGGCUUCUUCAUAAGGAACAAAUGCGGCUUGAGCGCUUCUCUAAAAAUAAAAAGCCAAUUUUUGUUGGAAAUGACGCCAAACUCGGGCUCGUAGUCAGACUUAAGGCUGAUGAAACCAUGCCCAAACCUUGUGUCCAAAUUUUUGAGGUGCUUGGUCUUUCCACCAUUAAUCAAGCUAUCUUUGUUAAGAUAACCAAGCCUUUUCUAGAGCUGAUUAGCAUCAUACAGCCUUAUGUUGCUUGGGGAUAUCCAAAUAUGAUUACCAUUAGAAACCUAAUUGAUAAGCACGGAACGAGAAAAUUCGGAAUUUUAUGCAUCGAGGACAUUAUAUAUGAACUUUUCAAAGUGGGGCCACACUUUCGGGCUGUACUUAAAUUUCUUUGCCCUUUUAAGCUCUUGUCCCCGAGCCAAGGUUGGAUUACUGGAAAGAAGCGCUGUCAUGCAAGUGCUGAUAAGCUCACAGGAUAUCGUGAGGAAAACAUAAAUGAAAUGAUU